UGCAAUUGAUGUUUACUUCACUUUGGGCGCUCUUUUUCUCAUCGUUACAAUCUGGUGCAAUGUGUGUUUGCUCCUCAGCUUUCUCACCAUGAAGCGAAAAGAACAUGAAACCGGCUUCGAAGAAUGGGGCGAUUAUAUGGAUGCAAAGAUUGCCAAACUGGAGGACCAGUUUCGGCACAGCUCGACCAUCGUUGGCGAAAAGCUAUCGAAUCUGUUCGCGGGUGUAUCGAUUUUCGUGAACGGCUACACCAACCCAUCGGCUGACGAGCUGAAGCGGCUCAUGAUGCUGCACGGCGGCGUGUUUCACCAUUACAAACGUUCGACCACAACGUACACGAUCGCAUCGAUCCUGCCCGAUGUGAAGGUGCGCUCGAUUACGUCCGAAAUCAUCAUCAGUCCUCGCUGGGUAGUGGAUUGCCUGAAGGAGGGUAAGCUGCUGGAUUACUCGAAGUAUCUGCUGUACACACAGCACAAACCGUCACAACCGAAGCUGGCCUUCACUAGGUUGGCCCCGUCUACGAACAACAAUGGUAUGGAUUUGGCUAAACCCGUAGCAAAGAGCGAUGGCGAUCCGAACGACAUCAGUCGCAGCGAAUGUCUGAAUGUUCUGGGUAUGCUGAAGCACUUUGCGGAUCCGAUACCGGAAGCACCGGUUCCGAAUCAACAGCAAGAAACGAAUUCCGUGGUAUCUAACGGAACCACGAAAACGUCACCGGAAAACGACAAAAGUCCACUGCCGUCUCCGAAUGGACGUGGAAAGGAGUGUGAACCUCCACAAUGCUCACCCGAUGUGUUUUCGGAAGAUGAUCCACUUUCUGCGGAAAAGUCCGUUACUGAGACGGUUAAAAGCCCGGCUAAAAGUCCAUCCAACCCGGCACCUUCAAAGCAAUCGCUCACCGCAACGGAUCCCAACUUUCUGAAGGAGUUUUUCAACAACUCCCGGUUGCAUCACAUCGCUACGCUCGGUGCAGGCUUUAAGCAGUACGUUGGAGAAUUGCGUGAAAAAUCGACCGGCUCCUUCCCGGCUCGCGAAGCAAUGGUACAAGCGAUCCGUGCCCGUACUGCUAGCACAGGAGAAACACUGGAAUGUGAGUUUAGUAGCAACGGAUCGAACGCACGCUACAUCAUGCACAUCGAUAUGGACUGUUUCUUCGUGUCGGUCGGUUUGCGAAAGUAUCCUCACCUGCGCGGUCUUCCGGUGGCCGUCACCCAUUCCCGCGGGUCUGAAGCACGCGUUCCCUCCCAUCCGGGGCAGAACCGUGCGCUAGAGAUCGAACUGUACCACAAGCGGCUGGAAGAGCGCUACAAAGCACCGGACAUUCCGAUCGAAUCGCGGCUGGCGGCGAUCGAUGAGCAUAACUCACUGUCGGAGAUUGCUUCGUGCAGUUACGAGGCACGCCGGUGCGGUGUGAAGAAUGGAAUGUUUGUUGGGGCCGCGCUGAAGCUGUGCCCGGAGCUUAAAACCAUUCCGUACGAUUUCGAUGGGUACCGGGAGGUGGCACAUCAACUGUACGACACGAUCGCCCAGUACACGCUCGACAUUGAAGCGGUUAGCUGUGAUGAAAUGUUUGUCGAUUUAACGGAACUCCUGCAAUCGACCGGGAUCGAGGUGAUGGAGUUCGUGACGUACGUGCGCGGCCAAAUAUCGUCUGCUACGGGGUGUGCCUGUUCGGCGGGCAUUGGUGCCAAUCGUCUGCAAGCAAGGAUGGCCACAAAGCAAGCGAAACCGAACGGCCAGUUCUAUCUUACUCCGGGUGCGGUUGAGGAGUACAUGCGUGCGAUUCCGAUAGCCGACCUACCGGGCGUUGGACCAAGCACUUCCCAUCGGCUCAAGAAAAUGACGUACGUAACGUGUGCCGAUUUACAAACCAUCCCCAAGAACGUGCUACAGACGGAGUUUGGCAAAAAGUUUGGUGAAACGCUCUACAACGCCUGCCGCGGGCUGGACGAGAAGCCGCUGGUGUACGAGCGGGGACGCAAAUCGGUGUCGGUCGAUGUUAACUAUGGGAUACGGUUCAGCACCGAGCAGGAGGUGGAUCGGUUUAUGCGCCAGCUGACGGAAGAAAUUCACCGCCGGCUGUUGGAGCUGCGCGAACGGGGCAAGCUCGUGACGGUUAAGCUGCUCGUACGCUCUCCGGAAGCGCCAAUCGAGACGGCCAAGUUUAUGGGCCACGGGCUGUGUGACGUGGUAACAAAAUCACAACCGCUCCGUCAGCACACGGACAACCGAACAGUGAUCGAGAGUGCUGUGCUGGGACUGAUGCGAACGCUAGCGAUUGAACCAUGCGAACUGAGAGGGAUUGGAAUACAGAUAUCCAAAUUCGAGGGUGCAAAACACGCGGUAGCUAAUGAAGCUGGAAACCGGUUGAAAAGUAUGUUCCAGAAAGCGGAGGACAAAAGGAAGCCUGCGCCAGAAACGGUUCCGACGGUUGCUCCCGAAUUGCCAAAAGCAUUUCGGCAGCCUGACGAUCAGGAACCCUGUACAUCUCGCAGCUGCAUCGUACCUCCACCGAUACCACCUCCAUCACCGGUACGGCAAACUUUUACCACACCGACAAAAGCACUAUCGAAUGGGUCCGUCAACUCUCCUAAACGAACUGAGACUACUGCCAACUCGCCUGUUAGAAAAACGACCGGCGGAUCCAAGCCUAGCACCAGAGGUCGUCGUGGAAGGCCUCCGAAAUGGGCUUCCGUGGGCGGAAGGAAAGAUCCAACCAAGACGGCUCAACAAAGUGUUGGUGUGAUGAGGAAAUUUUUAACAUCAACUGCCUCGUCCAGUUGGACCAGUGACCUUCCCGACGGGCUCGAUCCGGAAGUAUUGGCUGCUCUCCCCGAAGAUAUAAGAGAGGAAGCUAUACGAGACUACAGGAGACAGCAACAGCAGCAGCAGCAGCAGCAGCAGUUACUUGCGGUCAACAUCAAGCAGCAUCAAACGCCUGUCGAAACGACGCCCGUAAAGAUGUCCACUGUGCGAGAUGCAACCCACCGUGAAUGGAAAUCCCCAAUCACGCCACAGCCUUCGGUCGGCAGUGCGGGAGAUGAACAGAAGAUAAAGAUAGAGCUAAAGUUUCUUGAAGCGCUACCGCCAGAACUACGCAUCGAGGUAGAGAAACAGAUCGAGCUCAACAAAGACAAUAUGGUGGUAACGUGCAGCGAGCCCGAAAUCGAUGAGCCUUUGCUGGUGACACCGGAAAACAGUCCGGUGAAGCAGUACACACCCAAAGCGCUGACGGACCCGAGCUAUGUAACGCCCAAACGGACGCCGAAUGUGUGUGAAGCAUCCAAAGAUCCAAACAUUCUGAAGCGCAGCAACUGGAGAGAGCUUGUGGAAGAGUGGAUCGACAGUACCGAGGAACCGUACGAGUACGAUGUGCAGCUGCUGGCAACGAAUGGACAGGAACUGUGCGAGAGCAAGUCGCUCGAUCGACUGUAUUUAUUUUUACGUUGUUUUCAUCGGUUGUUGCAGGAGAAGAGCAGUUGCUGCUGGCACAUGGCAUACGGCAACGUUGCUCAUCCCAUACAGGAUCGAUUGUUGGCCACUCAUGGUAGUCGGUUGGCAGUGCCAGUGAAAAUUACGUGUGAAAUGUGCAAUAAUAAUACGGUUUAGCGUAUGAUACGAUAUAAACUGAAUACAAUAAACUUAAUAAUUUAAAAAGGA